GUUCUUGCGACCGCUGCUGCUGCGAGAGCCAAACAUGCUGGACGGCCCAAACGACGGGGGCUGGUUCGAGCUUCGCGCCGUCUUGAGUCGCCGGAGGUCGUCACUUCCGACCUUGCUGGACGCAUAGUCCUGAGGAGGUUGCUGAUUCCGGAAAUCGCCGGAGAAAUUGCGCGCAUCUCCACGGCCAAGAGGCGGUCGACUGCUCCUGUUGGCCUGCUGGCGGAGACGCUCCAUCUCAGCCUCUUGCUGCUGACGGGCAGCCUACAAACAAGUCAGUGA